AUGAUCAAACCAGGAUUAAUUAGAAGAUCGAUCUCUCUGCAUUUUAAUUUCUAAUUAAGGCAUCAAAUUCCCAAACAAAAAAGAACGCCUUAAUUAAUUAAAAAUGGCUAACGGCGGCGGGCAAAUGAGAUCAGUGGUAUCGCUACUUAUGGUGUUGAACUUUUGUAUGUAUGCCAUUCUUCUCGGCAUUGGAGGUUGGGCAAUGAAUCGAGCCAUCGACCAUGGUUUCAUCAUCGGUCCAGGGUUUGAUUUACCAGCUCAUUUUUCGCCAAUAUACUUCCCGAUGGGAAAUGCGGCUACAGGAUUCUUUGUGACUUUCACAUUGAUCGCGGCUGUUGCUGGAAUUGCAUCCAUUUUAGCCGGAUUUGACCAUUAUCGUGCAUGGAACUCCACCAGUAGGCCUGCAGCAGUUUCAUCUGCUAUUAUCGCAUGGGCCCUUACCGUCCUUGCCAUGGGAUUUGCUUGGAAGGAAGUCGAGCUCGAAGGGAGAAAUGCUCGCUUGAAAGCGAUGGAGGCAUUCACAAUUAUCCUUUCAGCAACUCAGCUUGUAUACAUAGCUGCCCUCUACAGCUAGCCGGCCGGUGAUGAUCUGUAACUAGACCGGGUUUAAUUCGUGAGAUUAAUUGCCGGAAUUAUUAUAUAUUUAUCUAUAGCUAGCUAGUGUGUUUGACCGAGUACAGUACUGUUCGAUCGUGUGUAUAGGCGUACGUGUGGUUAAAUAAUAUAUGGAUGUAUCGCGCGUGAUUUUUUUUAAUUUGUUCGUUUCUCUUUAUUAUUGCUGUACGUAUUUCUUUUCACUUUUUAAAAUGUGGCAUGAUCAUUGUAUUAAUUUAAUUAUGAGAUGUACGUUAAUAAUUAAUAAGAUCUGUACGUUGUGAAUAUGUCUUAA